AUGAAUUUGGCUCUUAUAUGCAAAUUGACAUGGAGAUUCAUUGAGAAUAAGGAAGCUGUGUGGGUUAAACUAUUAUCAACAAAACACAUAAUGGACGAGAAUUUUUGGUCUGUUGCUAAACCUGAGAAGUGUUCUGCUAUUUGGAGUAGUUUAUUGGAAGUUAGACAUAUUCUAGCAAACAUAAUCUUCUGGCAGGUUGUAAACGGAGAAAGAAUCCUUAUUUGGGACGAUCCAUGGCUAUUUCAUCAUACAGAUCAUAUCCUUGGUUUUCCAACUGUUAUAAUGGAAGGCAUUGAUAGGGUAUCUGAUUUAUUGCUUCCAGACUCAAGAAACUGGAACGUGGAUCUUUUAAAUCAUUUAUUCUCUCCAGAAGUGGUAAACUGUAUUACUGCAGUCUACAUCAGUCCGGCAGAGGUGCUUUCCCAUGGAAAAAAUUAUGGUCCUUCUCUGGUAUUCUUCCGAAGGUUCUCAUUUAUUUGGAAACUUUUAAAUAAUGGGAUUGCGGUGAAGUCAAAUAUUAAGCGGUUUGUGAACCAUAUACAAUCUCACUGCACCUUUUACUGUGUUGCCGAGGAGUCCAUUCUACACUUGAUAUUUGAAUGUCCAAAAGCUAUCUUGGUUUUCAAUCAGGCAGGUUUAGCAAUUAACGCUCAGCUAUCUUCAGGAAAUGUAAUGCACAUCAUCAGUGAAUUGAUGGAAAGCAAUGUGGAUAAUAGUUUCAUAAUGAGAGUCUGUAUCAUUUGGAAUUUGUGGAAAUUAAGGAAUGUGAUGGUUUUCUCUAAUGAAGUCUUUUCAGUUAACAAUGUUUUUCACAAAGCAUAUCAGGACUUCAAGCUAUGUUUGGACAAUUCAGCAAUAGAUGAACAUCAAAUCAGUGAACUUACGUCUUCAAAUAAUUUGUGGAUUCCACCGGAACCUCAUUAUGUAAAGAUAAAUGUUGACGCAGCGUUUAUACCAAACAAUGGCGCAGCGGGAGAUGUUGCUCAGUAUCACAAUGGAAAUUUUUUGGAAUGUGCUACAAUCACUUUUGAUGCAACGUCACCAUUGCUUGCUGAAAAAAUCGCUUGCAAAUUGGGAGUAGAAGCGGGAAUCAAAUUUGGCUUCAAUAAAGUGGUGAUUGAAGGUGAUGCUUCUAAUGUCACAGAUGCAGUUCUUGGAGCAUCUAGAGAUAUCCCAUGGAGCAUCAGAUCUGUUAUUCUCAAAGUUAAAGAUGCAAUUCCUUAUUUUGUAUAUAUUAAAUUUCAAUGUGUUCCAAAAAGUGCUAAUUACUUGGCACACGAGUUGUGCCAGUAUGCAAUGCAUGAAAAUGUAAAUAACUGGUGGAAUGGUAGUUCUCCACCCCCAUGUAUCUCUGCAAACCUCAAUCUUACUGAGGUAGUUGAAUAA